CACAGAGACACUGGUCCUACAACCAUGGAUUUGUCAGAACUCUUCGCGGUGUUUGAUUCGGGCUGGCCUCGCCUUCACCACCUAUUAGCUUUGCUUUGUCUCUAUGUCGUAGUUUAUAAAUUACGCGUCUUAUGGCUCCAAAGAAGAACCGAAUUUAGAAUCACGGAACACUUUCCCGGACCGCCGAGACACUGGCUUUGUGGAAAUUUACUUCAGUUUAAACACGAUGAGACCGACUUUGACUUGAUCCUGAAGUGGGCAGAACAGUAUCCUUGUGCUUUCCCAAUGGCAUUUGGUCCCUUUGUGUGUUUCCUCCACAUUUACCACCCUGAAUAUGUAAAAACCGUACUGUCAUCAACAGAACCUAAAGAUGACAUGGUAUAUAGAUUUAUUGAGCCCUGGAUUGGUAAUGGUUUACUGGUCUCAAACGGCCAGAAGUGGUUUCGCAACAGGCGUCUCUUGACACCAGGGUUCCAUUAUGAUAUCUUAAAAUCCUACGUGACAUUGAUGUCAGACACUGCUACAACAAUGCUGGACAAAUGGGGAAGAUAUGCAAAUACAAAAGAGUCCUUUGAGUUGUUUGAUCAUGUGAGCCUCAUGACACUGGACAACAUUAUGAAAUGUGCGUUCAGCUACAACAGCGACUGUCAAACUGAAUGUGGGAAAAAUGAUUACAUCAAAGCAGUGUAUGACCUUGCUAAUCUGAUAAACUUGCGGAUGACGUUAUUUCCGUACCACAACGACCUCAUCUUCCACCUCAGCCCAACUGGCUUCAGGUUCAGGAAAGCGUGCAGGAUUGCUCACAGACACACAGUGGAGGUCAUAAGAAAGAGAAAGGAAGUACUGAAGGAAGAAAAGGAGCUGGAACGUGUGCGAUCCAAGAGAAUCCUGGACUUUCUGGACAUCCUUCUCUCUGCAAGAGAUGAGUGUCAGAACGGGCUGUCAGAUGAAGAAAUCCAAGCAGAAGUGGACACCUUCAUGUUCGAGGGUCAUGACACCACAGCCAGCGGCAUCGCCUUUAUCCUCUACUGUCUUGCCUGCCACCCAGAACACCAGAAGCUGUGCAGGGAGGAGGUCACUGACGUUCUGUGUGACAAAGACACCAUGGACUGGGAGGAUCUCAAUAAAAUUCCAUACACUACAAUGUGUAUCAAAGAAUGCCUUCGUCUUUACCCUCCUGUACCGACAAUAGCCAGAAAAAUCACCAAACCCCUGAAAUGUUUUGAUGGCAGGACUCUCCCUGCAGGCUCCAGAGUUUCAAUAUCUAUCUUCAGGCUUCACAGGGAUCCAGCUGUAUGGGAAGACCCACAUGUCUUUGACCCACUGCGCUUCCUACCUGAGAAUAUCUCCAAGAGGUCACCUCACACGUUUUUGCCCUUCUCAGCUGGACCCAGAAACUGCAUUGGUCAGAACUUUGCCAUGAAUGAGAUGAAAGUGGUGGUGGCCCUGACACUGAAGAGAUAUCACCUGAUCGAGGACCCCACACAGAAACCCAAGGUAAUUCCUAGACUGGUGCUGCGAUCGCUCAACGGCAUCCACAUUAAAAUCAAACGUGUGGAUCUGAGCUAAGUCGCUGAAUAAAGAACAUGUUUGUUUUUUAAAUGUAUAAACACAUGAGAGGUAAAGCUGUAAUCGAGAGGAAAAUGUUGAUCAUUUUCAUCAAGGUGCGAGGUGUCAACUACCGUAGGUGUAUUGGAAGAACUGAACUUAAAGGGCUGUUUCACCCAACUAAGAGUGAACUUAAAACUAUUACAAUGCUGCUGUGUUUGUUUAAUUCACAUUCUGUUACAGAGUUGGGUUUUGGGUGUUUUUUUGGUGAAUUUAUGUUUUCAGAUCUUUUACUCAUAAAACUAGUUAUGAUUGACAGUGAAGAGCAGUGUAGAGCUUUUAUUUUCUUUGAUGGCAGUCACUUUGACAUCAACUUUUUGUCAGUUUUUUGUUUAUUUUCAUUCCCAACUUCCUCUGUUGUUGUGGGAAUGAGACGUGUAUCUCAGAUCCACUGUCUGAAGAUCAGAUCACACGUUUAUUUAUCUCUGGAAAUUAGUAAGAAAAAACUUAGUGAAGUGUCAGUCAACAUUUGUUGUCCUGUUAAAUAUGUUUUUGGGGCUUUUUUGAUAAUUACCACUGAAGCGGGAUGUGCCAUUGCCUAAUGCUAGGAUAAAUAGUUGUCACUAUAACUCAAGGGUCCUAUUUAAAAGCUUGACCCUGAGUCUGCUACUCUAGGAAUCCUCCCUAAUAUAUCAUGUAUAUCACAUGUCAUGUUGCCAUGGUGUCGGUCAAAUAUAAAGAAAAAUAAACAUAAUUAGAAACGUU